AUGCUGCUGUCCGGUAUCGCGCUGCUGGCCGGCCUUCUGUCCUCGGCCUAUGCCGCAGAUAUUCCCGAAGUACUCGACUGCGACCUAGAUGGAAGAGGAAAAGUGCCUGAAGGGUGCGAGGCGCCCAUUGCACCGGUCGCAGCCGUGGUACCCGGAUCGUCCUACAUCGCGAAGAUAGAAUGCAAGGACUGCCCUUAUGAGCACCCUGAAGAUCACGAGGUCAUAACUGGUGAUAAUGUGCUUGUAUGUAUAAGUGUCGAGCCUAAGUCCAGCAUGUGCCUAAAGAGCGGCGAUGACGCGCAUGCGGAGUACUGGAGCGUUGCGCUGGACGUGAUUGGGAAGUCGCGGUACCCCGACGACCCUCUUUGGAAGUUCAACAACCCGGAGCAGAAGAUGCUGUGGAUGCGUAUUAAGGGGACACCUCUGAAAAGAGGAGACAAAGGAGGACCAGCCAAGGUCGCCGACCCGUUCGGUCAAUCUACCACGGAUGACCAGAUCUACGAGUACCAAAUCGUCGAUGUGCGCCUAGUAGCUCGAGCCUACACCUUCCCUCUCAAGAAGUCUUUGACAAUUUGGGGCACAAUAGGUCACUUCCUCGGCAGCGAUGUCUGGGAACUAGAGGGGAGUCGCUUCCUCUACCGCAAAGAAGAAUGGGGAUACUACGGCAAGAAAGGAACGCUUCGCGACAUGUUUGGCGAAUUCGUUCACUGGGAAUGGUGGGGCUUGUUCUGGGUCAUCUUCAGCAGCGUCGUUGGCGGCUUGUUCACCAUCUUUCUUCUAUGGAAGAUGUAUUGGUGGAUUGUUGCGCAGCGCGAGCUCAUGAAGUGGGACGGCAUGGAGGAUGUCUGGGAGAACAUGAGGAGGGAUAGGGUGGCUGAAGAAGAAGGCGCGCUGCUGAACGCCCACGGUGCGUACCGCGAUGAUCCGGAUGAAGGCAGCUCCUCGAGACCACCAGCGUAUGAGGAUGCGUUGAAGCCGCUGCCGAGUAAACCGCUGCCUGAGAAACCUUUACCGGCGGUACCGUUGAUCGAUGCUUGA